AUGGAGCGAAGCAGAAAUAACAUGAGGGCCCCAUGCAAUGGUUCUGCACCAUCAGAUGAAUCGGCUCUCGAUAUUGAAAGAAAUUGUUGCAGUCAUCCUAGCCUGACUUCAUUAGGUCCCGCAACUCUUCAACCUUUUGCUUCAGCUGGACAACAUUGUGAGAGCAAUGCUGCUUACUUCUCAUGGCCGACGUCCAGCCGUUUAAGUGAUGCUGCUGAAGAGAGGGCAAACUACUUUGCCAAUCUGCAAAAAGGGGUUCUUCCUGAAACUCUUGGUCAGUUGCCACAAGGGCAGAGAGCAAACACGUUACUUGAUCUCAUGACCAUAAGAGCAUUUCAUAGCAAGAUCCUACGGUGUUACAGUCUUGGAACAGCGAUUGGAUUUCGUAUUCAACGAGGUGUGCUAACUGACAUACCAGCCAUUCUUGUUUUUGUCUCUAGGAAAGUUCACAAGCAAUGGCUCAGCCCCAUCCAAUGUCUACCCAAUGCCCUAGAAGGACCAGGAGGUGUGUGGUGUGAUGUUGAUGUGGUUGAGUUCUCUUAUUUUGGUGCACCUGAGCCUACUCCCAAAGAACAGUUGUACACUGAGAUUGUGGAUGAUUUGCGUGGUGGUGGUCUGUAUAUUGGUUCAGGUUCUCAGGUAGCAAGCCAGGAGACUUAUGGAACCUUGGGUGCUAUUGUAAGGAGCCAAAGUGGCAGUCGACAAGUUGGUUUUCUAACUAACAGGCAUGUUGCAGUUAACUUAGAUUAUCCAAAUCAGAAGAUGUUUCAUCCUUUGCCCCCGACGCUUGGACCAGGCGUAUAUCUUGGUGCAGUGGAGAGAGCUACUUCAUUUAUCACAGAUGACCUUUGGUAUGGCAUUUUUGCUGGGAUAAACCCUGAAACAUUUGUGAGAGCAGAUGGGGCGUUCAUCCCAUUUGCUGAUGAUUUUGACAUGUCCACUGUUACUACAUCUGUGAAAGGUGUAGGCGAAAUCGGUGAUGUCAAGAUUAUAGAUUUGCAAUGUCCAAUCAGUAACCUUAUUGGGAAGCAAGUGAUGAAGGUCGGAAGAAGUUCUGGCUUGACCACAGGAACUGUAUUGGCCUAUGGGCUGGAGUACAAUGACGAGAAAGGCAUAUGCUUCUUAACUGACUUUCUUGUUGUAGGUGAAAAUCAACAGACUUUUGACCUUGAAGGAGAUAGUGGAAGCCUCAUCGUAAUGAAGGGUGAGAGUGGUGAGAAGCCACGGCCUAUUGGGAUCAUAUGGGGUGGUACUGCUAAUCGUGGCCGACUUAAGUUGAAAGUUGGCCAGCCUCCAGAGAAUUGGACUAGUGGGGUUGAUCUUGGUCGCCUUCUCAAUCUUCUUGAACUUGAUCUGAUCACUACCAAUGAAGGGCUUCAAGCUGCAGUACAAGAACAAAGAACUGCAUCGGCAACUGCAAUUUGCUCCACCAUAGGAGACUCCUCGCCCCUUGAUGGAAUGCUUCCGAAUGACGGAAUGGAUGACAAAUUGGAAUCAUUGGGUCUUCAAAUUGAGAAUAUACCUUCAGAAGUUGAAAAUGGCAACCCAAAAAUGAGCCCAUCACUAAUGGAAACUGUCUUUCACUUGGAAGACGGUAUCAAGGUGACUCCAAGUGUGGAACACCAGUUUAUCCCAAGCUUCAUCAGGCAGUCCCCACUUCAUCAAAACAAUGUAUCAGACAAGGAGGUGUCUAAGAAUCUCGCUUCACUAAGGAAUGGCUGCGACGAAGACAUAUCUGUUUCGUUGCACCUUGGCGACAUUGAAGCCAAAAUGAGGCGCUCAAAUGCCUCAGCCAGUAUCGAAUAA